CUCCAUUACUCUCUCUCCGUCUCCUAGCCACAUGUGUGAGUGUGGAAAAGCUCCUGCAGUAGCACACACUCAUACGUGAAAAAAAAAUCUAAAAAAAUAAAAAAAAUCUUAUAAACAGAAAAAAAACAAAAAUAAAAAUCGGUGGAACUAAGUUUUGAAGUGGGCGAAAAUCCAGUUAUCUUUUAUAAUUUAAAAAAAAGGAAAAAUAAAGCCAACCAGGUCUCAGCCACGCUCUGGGAUUUAUCGCCUGGAAUCGGGUGCGGACAAACCUUGCGAAGUUUCUGGAAGCUGAAGUAUUUGAAGCGGUUUUUUAAAACAAAAGAAAAGAAUUAUAAGAGCCGGGAAUCUGUUAACUCAAUAGGCCACAGGCUUCAGGAGAGAAGGAAGAGAAUCAGAUUUAACCGGUUCGAGCAUUUCUGGAAAGUUCUUUGCCCGACGGUUUCUCGCCCACUCCCCUUUUUUUAAAAAAUCCUCGCGCUCGCUGUCUCCCGUUUCGUUAAGUUGGGGGGGGAAAGUUGAUCGUUUGAUUUGUGUCGGACUGUCUGAGGAUGAAUCAGACCGGUGCCAGCUACCCGAUGGCCUCGCUUUAUGUCGGCGACCUGCACCCAGAUGUGACCGAGGCGAUGCUGUAUGAGAAAUUUAGUCCGGCCGGGCCUGUGCUCUCCAUCAGGGUUUGUAGGGACAUGAUCACCAGGAGGUCACUCGGAUACGCCUAUGUCAACUUCCAGCAGCCCGCAGACGCUGAACGUGCCUUGGACACCAUGAACUUUGAUGUCAUCAAGGGGAAACCAAUUCGAAUCAUGUGGUCUCAGCGCGACCCAUCACUGAGGAAAUCGGGUGUAGGUAAUGUGUUCAUCAAGAAUCUAGACAAAUCCAUUGACAACAAGGCUUUGUACGACACCUUCUCUGCAUUUGGGAACAUCUUGUCUUGUAAGGUGGUAUGUGACGAGAAUGGCUCCAAAGGGUAUGCAUUUGUUCACUUUGAGACUCAGGAUGCUGCAGAUAGAGCUAUUGAAAAAAUGAAUGGCAUGUUGCUGAAUGACCGAAAAGUAUUUGUCGGUCGUUUUAAGUCUCGUAAAGAGAGAGAGGCUGAACUUGGUGCAAAGGCAAAAGAGUUUACCAAUGUUUACAUAAAGAACUUUGGUGAUGAUAUGGAUGAUGAACGACUCAAAGAAAUGUUUGAUAAAUUUGGCAAAACCCUCAGUGUCAAAGUAAUGACAGACCCAAACGGAAAGUGCAAAGGCUUUGGCUUUGUUAGCUAUGAAAAACAUGAGGAUGCUUCUAAGGUCUGUAUGUUUGUUCACAGGAGCUGGUAACAUUUUGGUCCAGUA